AUGAAAAGUCUUAUAAGCAUAAUAGCAAUUUUAUGACUUGCUGCUUCAGAUCCAACAAUGAUAUCGAAGGAUGGAUAUCUCGACCCGGGCAGAAUCACUUGGUGGCAAGAUAGCUGGGCUCCCAAUCCAAUUGAACUCUCUCAAACCAACGCAGGAACAAGCAACGCAUUCAUUACAGUAAAUUUCAGACCUUUCACAUCUAUAAACUCAGAUGGAAACCUCGGAAUUGUCCAAGUGACAGUUCCAUCAAACUUUGUAGGCUCUUCAAGCGCGACAACUUACACCUCAAGUCUCAUGGAAAUAAAGGGAAGCACUGAUUAUUCUUUCUCAUUUAAAGUCUCAUCUCUGCCUUCUCCUGGAGUUUAUGGGCCACUUCAGAUCGUUACAAGAUCUAUAGCUACUGGGCAGCUUUAUGACGCAAAUUACGUAUUUGGCUGUAUAGCAGUUGGACCUUGAGCCUCCAGCCCUGCUUCAAAUUCCUUACAAGCAGCUGCAGCUACGUUAACUCCGACAACCGGCUAUGUUGGCUCAAAAGAUUCAAUUAUUUUCACUUUUUCUAUUCCUGCUGGGGUAAAUUUGUGGAAGCAUGACAUUUUUGAGAUAAUUCCUGACACAUAUUGGAGUAUUUCUACAGAUACUUCUAUUAGCUGUUCUUCAAUAGAUGUUUCAGCAAAUUCUACUAACUAUAUUAAAGGUCCCCAAGGAGAUAAUAACUUACCAUGUGCUAUUGCUUUAUCAGGAGGUGCAGGCGGAGGACUUAAGCCUUCUCAGUCAACAAAUGGAGAGACAAAUAGUGUUUAUAUUUACGGACUUUCUCAAGACGUGAUUGUAACUUCAGCUUAUGAGGUCCAGCUUAAGGUUGUAAAUUUCAUUUUUCCUGGAUCAGCUAGACCUUUGACAAGCUAUACUUGGAAAUUAAAGAUUUGAAGAUGGGGAACAACAACUUUGCUUGCCCAAUUUAUGGGUAAUGGACCUUUAACACCAGCAAUAGGGUCCAUAAAAGUAACUUCAUGGGCUCCUUAUAACUCCAAAGUCUCAUCUACAGAUAUUCCAAGUUCUAAUACUUUUUCUAUUUUCACAAAACUAACUCUUCAAAUUUCUCAUGCAAUUACGAUAGGGUCAAUAGCAAUUACUUUUAAUAAUGCAGAUAUUUCAACUGCCAAAUGGUAUCAAGACCACGCAAAUCCUUCAUCAGGAACCUCUGGAUUAUGCUAUCUCAAUAAUUAUGCUCAGGGAGUAUCUUGUAAAGUCAGCAAUUCAAUUGCUACAAUUACAUUUGAUAGCACGAGUGCAGGCUUAGGAGCUGAAAAGUCAAUUUCUAUUACAUUAUUAGCUAAGUUAUCAGCAAAUGCUCAAAUAAGCUCAAUAGUAAGCAGCGAUUCAGCUGCAAAAAUCGAUAAACUGGAUUCCGCAUUCCUUUGGUCAUUCGGCACUUCCUCAUCUUAUCAUGCAAUGGGAGAUUUUGAAUUUUUCGCGACAGAUUCUUAUAAGUAUAAAGGAAGCUCUGGGUUUACUUCAGGUCUCCAAAUAGGAGGUUAUCUUGCCACUACCCAAUACUUGAUGUGGUUUAUGCAGCCAUCAACAAGUUGGGCAGCUAACACAAAACUUACAGUCAAUUUACCCUUAUCUGUUUCAGGAGUACAACUAGCUCAAACUUAUAUCAAUAUUGCUGCUCAGUAUUAUGACGGUGCUUUCUCUGAUUCAGCUGCAGAUACCGCGCUAAAUAUUCUAUCAUCUACUGGAAAUUCUCCUAACUUCCCCCUCCGUUAGAGAACCAAAAAAUUUUGUUUACUUGCGAAGGGGUUAAUUUUGUUUUCGAAAAAUUUAUAUAUAAAUUUUAUAUAAUUUUUUUUCAAAAAAUUCCCAAUUCUCAAAAAUCGAAAAGCAAAGAUUUAAUGCAAUUUGUAAAAUUUAUGUUUUAAAAUGCAUGCUGUUUAAAAAGUAACAAAAUUAGCUAGAGAUUUAAUUAUAAUAAUUAUCACUUAUAUGUUAAAUUAUUUUUCAUAAAAAAAUUUGUUCACUGGGGGAGGGCAAAGAAUAGGGAUAUUUCCAAUGGUUUUAUUCGCUCACGGAGGGGGAUAAGCUUUCUGAUGACGCCCCGGGAUCAAUAACAAUCACUUUUGCCUCUGGCAAAUUCCCAUCCGCCAAUCAGUAUUUCGCCUUUGCAUAUGGAGAUCCUUCCUCCGGUAGUGACUCCAAAACGACAGCCCUUCCAUUUGUACAAUCAAAUGUUGCUACUUUCUAUGAAUGCUGGGCACAGGUAACACCAUCAGGGAGCUCCUCACUCCGCCCUUUAAAUUUGAACAAAAAUCUAUUUCAAAUUUAAUUCUUUCUUUAAAAAAAGUUAUUAAACUUUUCUUUAUGAAUUUUUUUUUUUAAAUAUAAAAAUUUUAAGUGAGCACAAUAUUUUAAAAUUUUUAUUUAUUUAAUUAAGAAAUAAUUAAUAAUUAAUUGAUUCAGUGUGAAACAGUUUAAAUAGCACUUUUUCAGUUAAAUUAUGUCAAAAUGAAUUUUAUAAAAAUUAAAAACAAAUUUUAAAAUUUUAAAAAAAAUGAAUAUAAAUUGAGCACAAAUAUUAUUUGAAAUUUAAUUUAUGUUUAUGAUGAAAUAAUUAAACAGAUUAUCGAUUCAGUGUCAAGACUGUUUAAAAUGCAUUAUAAUUAAAUUAGAUAAGCAUUAGUAUUUUCAUCUUCAAUUUUUUUUGAAAAUUAUAAAAUACUCACAAUAUUUUUGAUUAUAAUUUAUUUUUAAGAGAAGAAUUAAUUAAAUUAUUAAUCGAUCUAGUGUCAAAGUGUUUAAAUAAUAAAUUAGGUUAAAAAAUUAGUAUUUCAUCAAUAAAUUUUCCUAUGAAAAAAAUUUUGUUUAACUUUAAAGGGGUGAAAGCACCCAAAAAAUGAAAUAUUGCUGUUUUGUUCCAUUUGAAGGGGGGAGUCAGCUACUGAGUUUUACAAUUAUGUUUAUUCAGUCUAUACCUUACAAACAGACCCUAGCUUGACUGUUGCUCCAUUGUGCACUGACAAAUUUGUAGGAAUCCCUAUUGCCGUUACUUAUCAUGCCUUGAAUAUGGCUUUUAGUUUUGGAGAAAAAAUCAACCUUUAUUAUCUUGAUGUGACUUUUAGUGAUGGGACUAAUUUGGGCACAGGGUUAAGCGAUGGGAGUAGCUUGCCAGUGAUCUCUACGAAAUCUGGAGUGACACCAGUAGCUAGUAUAACAUCAAAUACUGUGACCAUUUCUGGACUUGGAUCUGUGACCAGCGGGAAUACUUUGACAAUUUUGUUGCCAAAUGGAGCUAGUGGGUCAUCUUUAUCAGGAACAGCAACAUUUUACUACGUUAUAGCUGGAGGAGACCCUAAUAUAAAGAUGUUUUUGUACUCUAAGUCAUCUACAAACAAUUAUAACACUGACACCGCAAAUGGCAUUAGUUCUUCAGCAAUUUCUACCCCUCAAAAUGGAGCUUAUACAGUAGGAGCAGCUUCUAUAAUGCGUUGGAAAAAUUUCUUAACGGUGUGAUCGGAUCGGAUGAUGCCAUCUUUUUAAAAUUUAUGGCAUCAGUCAAUCCGAUCAACUCCAUUAAGAAAUUUUUUCCAAUGCGUUAUACUACUUCUAGUGGAAAUUUUCAGCCUUCUUCUUCUGGAACAAUUUCGCAAUCAGAUUGAAUUGGAGUAGGCUUGCCUUCUGGGUUUGCCAUAUCAACAUCUAGUGCUUCAUUAGCAUUUGGCGGAACUUCAUCAAAAGCAACUUAUUCAGUUUCUUUAUCAAGUAGCUCAUUUAUUGGAGGAUUUAUUUUGGGGGAGAUUUCAAACCGUAUCUCGCUUUCAUCGACUUCAACUACAAGCAUUUCAAUAGGUGGCUUGACUGCUCCAAUGUCAACAGGGCAAACUGCUGAUGCAGCUUCUAAUAAUUUAGUUGUCUUUUCAGCAUUACAAACGGCAGGAUCACCAUGUACAGUUAUAGGUAAUGUAGGCAUAACAGUUAAUGCAGCAAAAAUUACAUUAGAUUCAUGUGUGCUUGAUAAACCAUAUACUCAAGGCUCAGAUUCUGUGGACUCCGCUUUAUUACUUUCUUUUACAACUGUAAAUCCUGUUCCUGGAAAUGGAAAAAUUACUAUCACAUUGGCAUCGAGCACAUGGACAUUGCCGAAUUCUUCGCCUUUGGUUGUGACUUGUGAAGGAAAAUCAUUUACUGAUUAUUCUGAUACUGUCAAAAGAGCUUGCAGUAUAUCAGAUACAACUGUAACCCUAACCGGGUUUGCUGAGAUUUUAGCAGGGCAAAUUUCUGUAAAUAUUUAUCAUGUAAUUCCAUCAUCAUCUGCAACUAGUUUGCCUUGCUUUACAGACGUAAACACAUAUGAUGCAAAUGGAUUUCUUAUAGAUUCUGCCAAAACUUUAACAAAUUCGUUUUCAGUCUCAACUUCAAGCGAUAUAGGGAAAACAAAUACUGAUGGUUUUAUAGCGAAGGCGUAUCCCAAUGUAGCAGGCGCAGUCUCUGAUAUUUAUUUAGGUUUUUCUUUCUCAAAAGCAAUUCCUCAAUAUAGUAUCAUAAAAAUAAGCCCAGGAUUUGUAAGCACAUGAUAUUUUUCUGGAGAUAUCACCAAUUCAUGCUGGACUAGCAAAGACACCUACUCCUGCUCUGUUUCUGAUAGUUAUGUAACAUUGCAGCUGGGUAGAAGUCUCCUAGUUGGUGAACAAAUCCAAGUUUAUCUUGAUAGUGCUCUUACCUUGCCAUCUUCUUCAUCAACUUCGGCAGGUUGGACAAUUUCAACAUCUUGGAAUGGAACACCAAUUACAGCGGAUCCAAACCCAUCAGCUUCAUUUUUAUUCACUGUUGGAAGCUCAGUUGAUAGCAAAAUUUCUUCCCUGUCAAUUAAACAAGUUGACUCAAGCAGUGCUGGAGAAUCUACCUCAUAUACUUUUACUUUCAGUUCAAGCUCAAACGUAACGGCCGCUGAUUAUUUUGUGAUUAAAUUUCCUAACUCCCCCCAAAUUUUUUUAAUAUAAAUUUUUUUACAAAAAAUUUUUUGAUAUAUAAGUAUAAUGAAAUCCGAGUUAAUUCUAUUUAAUUUUAAGCAGGGUUGCAUUUAAAAUAUAAAUUUUACAAAUUAAAAUAAUUUGUAUUUCCAAAUUGAGAUUUUUUUAAAUUUCAAAAAAAAUAUUUUCUAUAUAUGCGAACAAAAUUUUUUUGUUCGCUCAAGGAGGGGGAGUAGGGAAUUUGAUCCGCACAUAGGGGAUGCAAAAUUAUCUCUAGCAGAUUGCUUUUCAAGCAAUUGGUACCUUACUUGCAGCUCUACAACGCUAGGGAUUGAUAGUGGAUCAUUUUGCAGUGUGGAUCAUUGGAAACUUACCAUAUCUGGAGUUACUAAAGUUGUGACAGAUACUACAUCAGUUAUUGAUAUUACUGUUAAUAUGGUUCAAAACCCAACUGCAGGAACUUUAUCUGAAAAAUUUAGUUUGUAUCACUAUGGAUCAGAUGGAUCUGUAAAGGCAUAUAUUCAAAACACUGGCUCACUAACAAUAGGAAGUGUUGUAGGAAAUAUUGUUUCACUUAAAGAUGUCACUGUCAAUACAGCAGAUCUUUCAAGCUCAGCUACUUAUACUUUCGAUUUCUAUGCAGCAGCUACAUACACAACAGACUACAUCAUUUCUAUCAUUUUCCCACAACAAUUCAAUAUCAAGCUGAGAAAUAUAAGCACUAUCAGCUGUGAAUCUAAUUAUUUUGACGAAUCAUCCUUGUCUACAAGCACGACAAAUAGAGCUUUCAGCACUGCAAAAUCUUGCAAUAUCAAUGGAAACACAAUAAGCCAUGCUUUCCAAUCAGAAUCAAGCUUAGAAUUAGCAUCAACUUCAAGAAUCCAAAUCCAUCUGACAUCCCUUUACAAUCCUGAAUGAGGGUAUACGAGGUCUUCAGGGUGAGAUGUCACAGAUUAUGCAACCUUUUCUAACCAUUUACCUGAUGUAUGAAGUAAUAAAUUUGAUAUCGCAGUUUAUGAUUCUAGCACUCCAAAGACAUUUGCAAAAAGUUAUGGAGUCCUCAAUUCUGCUUAUGUUGGAUAUACGUUAAGCACAACUGAUAUAAGCACAGGUACAUAUGAACCAAAUAGAGCAUCUGGGGGUAUAAAAUUAUUACCUGGGCAGCAAAGUAAAGAUAUCACUAUUUCUGUUCUUGAUAAUAAAAAAUGGCCUAUGAGGUCAAAAUCAUUGAAGCUUAAGCCAAUUACAAACGUGAAUUACCCAGAUAAUGGAAACAUUAAAUAUACGUCUGCGACUCACAAUUUCACUGCUUAUCAGAUGACUUCUACAAUUAAUUUCCGAGUUUCAGCAACAAUUAGUGCUGCUACAGGAAUUUAUUAUAUUGAUUGGGGAAAACCAGUCGAAACAUUACAAGAAGGAGUUUCAAACAAUAUAUAUAGUGCGCCAGUAAGUAUGUUGAUUGAAGUCUGCAGCACUUUAGCUGCUUUAACCAUUUCUAUAGACCAAUUGCCCACCUUCUAUCAUUCCUACAUAAGUCUCCCUAUUAAAGUUACUCCUUCGUAUCCUCCUGCUACCCAAUUAAUAGUAACCCCAUCAUUUUCAUUAGCCGGAAUGACGAUCAGCCCAACUUCUCUUACAUUUGGCCCUGACGUGGAUGAGCUUUAUUUCCAAGUCUAUGUCGACUCUAGUUUUUCAAGCAAGGAAAAUUCCUUGUCAUUUAAAUAAAAAUUAAAAUGGCGAUACAAUCAAAAUGCCCUAAAAACGCAGCAGUCCAGAUCUUAUUGCCAGGAUGAACUGGGACAGACUCCGAGCCAAGAAUCAAAUGCAAGCUCAAGAGAAGUGCAUCCGGGUAGGUUUUGGAAGCUUUCCUGAGGUUGGAAAUGGAGAUGCCCAGCAAUGUCCUUUUGGAUCUGAAGACAGUGGGCAUUCCUCUACCAAUAAACUGGAGUUUCAGCCUAGACCUCAGUGGAGUAGUUUUUUUCCUGUAGCUGCUGAAGGAGGGCACUUCGGCGACCGAUAGACUUCAAGGAGCUGAUCCUUGGAAUCAAGCUACUCCAAUCACCCGUAGCAGUAGAAAUCCAUAAGCCGCCCACUCAAAACUGAAGUCAUAAGGCAAGGAGGAGACAGAAAGUACCGGAAAUAAGGAUCCCCCCCCUCAUUUUUCCAAUUUUCUAGUCUUUUUUUUCUAACUCCCCCCCUUUAAAUUGGAACAAAAUAUCUGUAAAAUUUCCACUUUUUUGGUAAAUUUAACCCCCCUUUAAAUUGGAACAAAAUUUAAUUUUAUAAUAAAAAAUUAUAUAUAAUUUUUAUCUAAAAAGUUUUGAUAUAAGUUAAAUGUUUCUUCUUAACUAAAAUUAAAAAUUUAGUUAUAUCUUGCUCUUUUUUAAAGAAAAAAGUAUAAAGAGCAUCUUAUUUAAAUAAAUUUAUUAUCCUUAAUUGCUAAAUUUUUAAAAAAAAAUAAAUUUUUGUUUUUUUUGAUAAAAAUGAUAUUUUUUAUUUGGAUAGUUUUGAUAUAAAUUCAAUAGGAAUUCUUUAUAAAAUUUCAAAAUUUAGUUAUUUCUUGCUUUAUUUUAAAGAAUAGAGUAUAAAUAACAUCUUAUUUAAACAAAUUUAGCACUUUGAUCGAUAAAUUUUCUAAAAUUUUUUAUUUUUUAAUUUUUUUUAUCAAUAAAAAUAAUAAUUUUUGUUAAAUAAUUUUGAUACCAAUUAAUAGUGGCGUAUUAACUAAUAAUGAAAAUUUAGUUAUAUCUUGCUUUGUUUUAAAGGAUAAAGAGUAAAUAGCAUUUUAUUAAACAAAUUUAUUGAUCUAAUUCGAUAAGUUUUUGAAAUUUUUUUUUGUUGAAAAUUUUUAUAUAUUUUAUAAAACAUUUUAUAUUGAUAUUUUUUUUUAAAAAAUAAAAUUAACCCCCCUUUAAAUUGGAACAAAAUUUUUAGUUCCAAUUUAAAGGGGGGGGGGAAUAAGAAAAAAAAAAUUUUCAGGACCUUAUUUGUCCAAAAAUCUAGUCAAAAAAUGAUUUGUCCUAUUUUCUAGUCUUUUCUGGAUUUUUUCGAAUGUCCUAAAUUUUAGUUUUUUACUUUAAAAAAACUAGAAACUGAGGCAUUUGAGGUCAUGAAAAUUUUUUUUUACUAUCAAAAUUUUGACUAGAAAAUUAGACAAAUGAGGUCCUAAAAAAAUUUUUUUUUUCCUAUAAAAAAAACUCGAAAAAAUGGACAAAUGAUAAAAGACUAGAAAAUUGGACAAAUGAGGGGGGGGGGAUCCUUAGCAUCCACUUUCGGGGGAAAGACCUUCUGGGCUGGAGUCAAAAAGUGGUAGAUCCUACUAUACGGGAGGUCUUUUUGGCUGUGCUACCAAUAUGGCUAACGCCUGACUUUUAAUAACCUAGCCAACCCUCUCAUUUAAACUUUCAGGAACUGACGCCUUAGCUUAUGCUACACCAAUUAAAAUGACAGCAUCAAUUUCUUCAGCUUUACCUACAGUCGUGACAACUACUCCAACCAUUUCGGGGACAUCGAUAAAUGGGUCUGAAUACAAACUAUCUAUAGGUACUACACUGCCAGGAAUUCUGUACUGGGGACUUGGAUGUCAAGGCAAACCAAUAUUGGAUUAUGAAGACUUAGUGUCUUCAAUAUCUGAUCUUGUUCAUCCUUCUAGUACUACUCAAACCCUUCAAGAGCAGUUGGCAGAUGAAUAUCAACACAUUAAUACUGCAGAAAAUGAUACGGAUAUAUACUCAUUUUUCAGAAGAAUUCAUGCUAGCCAUUGUGAUAGUUAUUGGGCAUCGUCUCAGGUUAUUAGCACUUUAGGAACCACUCUUGAUUUUAAUUGGCUAAUGGGAGGAACGAGCUAUACAUUUAUAGCUUAUAUUUCAACAAGGAUGACUAAUAAUACAGCUGCUUAUCCUCUUCAGACUUAUAAUUUUACCACAAAUAGCAUUGGGCAGCUAUACACUACCUCAGUCACUUUCAAUGGAACUGUUCUCAGCAGCUCUAGUGAGAAUAUCAAAAAGGUUUUAGCGAAGAAUAUGGGUAUCAAUCCUUCAUGGCUAGUUUAUAAAGCUUCGGCAAGAAGAAGAUUAGCUGAGACUGUUACCACCACGUUCACUUAUAGUGUUCUAUCUGACAGUCGUUAUCCGUCGUUUACUUCACAAAUGAUUAUUGAAAAUCUCAAUAAAGCCCAAUCUAUAUCUGAUUUUUCAAGCUCAUCAUUGGAAGUCUUAAAUAUUGGGCAGCCAAACGCCAUUUCAGCUGGAGAAACUCCUCUAUGAAAUACAUCUCCAGUAAUAGAUUCAAUUACAGAUAAAGCCGUAAAAUUUGUGGCAGCAACAUCUGUGGCUGGAAAAAUUUACACUUCGUGUAGUAACAAUGACAUUACAGGCCAUACAACUUAUGCUUGACAGAUUGUGGAUGGGUUAGAUGCUACUUCUACAAAAGUGAAAGCAGGCAGUGCUGUAAGCACUACUUCUAGUAUAACUUCUAUUCAAGUUUCAGAACUAGAUGCAGAAACUUUUUACAUUUGCUAUUUUACAGCCUGCAAUGAUUAUCCAUUGGCGCCUAGCUGUAUUGAUUCGAACUUGCCAAGAUAUUCGAUCAGAACUCCAAAGGCAACGGGAAGCAGCUCUAGUGCACAAAUGAUGGGAAUAAGUGCAACUUUGGCUUUAGCCUUAGUUUUUCUUACUCAUUUAAGAGUUAUGUAAAUAUCUUAUUUCUUAAAGAAUUGCUAAAUUUUAUUUUAAAUUAUAAAUAAAUUAUUUUGUCUGGAUUAAAAUAUUCUCAUUUGGCAAAUAUUUCAAAAGCUAAAUUAAUUUAAUUUAUAAAAGUUAUGUUUAAGAAUGCAAGCUAGAGUCAGUUAGAGGUAUUGCUAUAAUAAUUAUAAAUUAUAAUUAAAAAUGUUUGAUAAAGAAAAAUUAUUAUUCUCGCUCUAUAAGCAAGAGCUAGCUAA